CAACUUUUUAUUUCAUGUUGAUUUUGGUACCCUGUGACACUCUAGAAGGACAUUUAUUUGUACUUGUUAGUUUGUGUUUUUACUAAUUUUUAAAGAAUGUGUUCUUUGUAGCCACAGUGUUGCCUGACUUUGAGAAUGAAAUAUUGGAUCCCUGUCCAACAAAGAAAUGAAUUCCUAGGUAUCCAGGAUUUAUUUUUAGGUUCAUAGCCUGGAUUUAAAUCACAAAGUAAUGAACUGGUAGAUAGGAGCCAAUAGCUGGAAUUUUAUUAACAUUUUGCCACCAAAACGUGAAAACAUAGUUGUUUAAAAUAUCUGGUGAGUUAAUGCCAUGGCUGACUUGGCCAUUCCUAGUCAAUUCUGAAAGAAAGGAAAAGAGGUUUACUUAACAGUGUGUACAAGUCUGUAAAGUGUACCUCUAAAUCAACACUUCAAUCAAACUUUGCAUUGGGUUUUAUGCAUGCUUUCCGGUCCAUUGAAUGCUAAACUUUGUGCGUUCCUUCCAUAAACCCAACUCUUGUGACUUUAAAGCUAACACUUAUAAUUGUCUUAGCUCCUCCUUAUUUUAGUGGUUCUGUGCCCCUCUGGUUUGUUUUUGUUUUUAUUUUUCCUCGUUUAUAAGGUGGAUUAUAAACAUGUUUUGUGACAGAGCUUGCUCUGCAGAGAUCAGCCAAGUGAGAAGAAUGGUGGGGCUGAGCUAUUGUUCAGGGACCUUUCACCCAAGUGGAAGGAAGAGUAGGCAGAAAGAAGCCUGAUUGGUGAUGUAGCUUCUAAAGGUGUCAGAACUCUGGAUCAGAGCCACAGUAUAUCAGACAUGUUCCUCUUUCGAGUAAUGUGGACAGUCCUGAGGGAAGAGAGGGGGCUGCAUUCAUGUGGAGCCCCAUGAGAUGGUGUUUCACCUGAGGUGAGCCUAGGAUACUCUUAAGUCCAGUUUCCCCAGGAUGACUGAUGGAUUGUUCUCAGGGUUUAAAUUAUUCUAUUUGCUUGCAACCUUUGCUUGAGGGCACACAAAGUCUUCUUCACCCAUACCUCAUCUUUUGUGUGUGAAGAGGGACUAAGAAUUAUGCAGGCUAGGCUGACACCAGAAGCUCUUCUCAUUUUUUUUCCUUACGAUGUGGAAGAAUCUGCCAAAUGUGGAGUGUCCAAGGAGAAAAAGAAUUGCUCUAGUUCUUUGUUUAUCUUCAUGCCUUUUUGUGAGGUCUCGGAGCCAGCUGGUAUCUUCCCUGUGACUUCCCUGUCUAGCCUGUAACUUCCUUGUCUCAGUUCAGAAGGCUGCUGCUGCCUGGGCAUUCGUGAGAGCUCCUGUUUACUAGAGUUCACAUUUUCCACAGGUUAACAGUGGGGAAACAAACAAACAAACAAAACUCUUCAGUGAAAUUAUAUCUCCAGAACGAUAGACCAUCCCAUAAUAAAAUGCAAUGUCUAUUGAAGUCUAAUCUAAGGACUGUCCUCUGUUGAGACAACUGUGUGAUAACAUAUAGGGAUAAGGUGGAGCUCAGUGGUACAGCACCUCCUAUCCACCAAACACAUCCAACUGCUGAGGUUUUGAAAACCCACCGAUUUUGAACAAGUCAGACAGUGAUAAGUCAACUUUUUAAAGUACAAGUCAUUCAAAACUCAUUCAUAAUGUUGAAAAAGUUCAGAUUUGAUAUGACUUAUACAAUGUUGAGUUUAACACAUGAAUUAUGGAGAUGAGGAAAUUGCAGUACAUUUUGCUACUGUAGUGAAUAUAUCCCAAUGCAGAAACAAAAUACCAAAGGCUUCUUUCUGUUGCUAUUACAGGAGAUCAUUGAGAAAGACUAAUAAGCAUAGCGUAUGAUUAUUAUGCAUUCCCAGUACCAAAGGGUGUGUACAGGUGUAUAUGCUUUGAUAGAAUAUGCAUGGUAAUGCUAUGUGCUGCCUACUCAGUCUUUUGCUCACGGUACCUUGACUUAACAACUGUAUUAUGUGAAUGUGACAGAAAUUCAGUGAGAACUGUGCUUUGAAUCUUGAUCUUAGGUCUUUGCCCAAUCUGGCCAUUUAUUGGACCUUCCUUUCUUCACACGCUCGGUAACAGUGUGAGCUAGAGCUCUCAUUUAGUCAGAUGACCAGAAGAGCAAACAACUGGUACUCAACAGGACACCUUGUUGCCAAGUUGUGCUGUUUUCAAUACUUAGCUGUUGAAUUCAGUUUCAACUAAUGGUAGCUUAAAUUUAAGAUAGGUUUAUCAAGAGAGUACCCCAUUGCAGCUUAAGAAUCAUGCAUAUGUUCUGUAUGUUGAAGAAACUGAGGCUCAGAAGGUGCUUGGGUAUAAGCAGAAAUGACACAGGGGUCAGGCUCUUGACCAUAUACAUUUUUAAAGGUGGGAUUUGUAUGUAAAUCCUUCAUUUAAGGGUCCCAGGAAAUGCAAUGUGAGUGUUCCCCAUCCCAAUACAAUUAGAUAUACAAUGUGUGUGUGUGUGUGUGUGUGUGUGUGUGUGUGCACAUGCACGCAAUAGCCUUCUAAACUCUCAACAAAAUGAAGCUCUAGUUUGCUCUGUGACAGUCCCAAUCCAGACUAACUGAUGGUGUACUUUUUUCUCUUUGAGAAACAGUUCACAACGAAGAUUUUCUGUUGGUAAAUCCAGCACUAAGAGCUUGUUAUUUAUCUGGAAUGCACAGCACAGUGUGCUUUAUGGCUUUUCCAUCAUUUUUUCCCUGUAACUCCUGGUUUUGGGGUUUUAUUUGGUUGCUGUGUUUGUUUGUUUGUUUGUUUGUUUGUUUGUUUUGGAGGAUGGCCAUUUCACCCAUGCUGAGCAACAAAUACUGUCAGUACUGGAGAAACUCUUUUUCAGUCUUGAUUGUAUGAUUCAACUUAGAAGGCUGGUUGUUCAAGUAAGUUGUCUAUUUGCUUAUUCAUAAAACAGUGCAAUCCUUCACUCUGCUUCCCAAAGAGCCACCCAUUAAGUUGUCCGAUAUAGAUACCACUAAGACAGAUAUCACACCAUCACCCAGUUGAAACAACUAUUAAGUUAAAGUACCACGAGCCAAGGACUGACUCAAUAGCAAACAGGUUUUCCAUAUGUAAAGAGAUACAGCUCCGCCCACCAUUUGGUAUGGUCAAUGUGCAAUAAACAUCGCACCUGUGCAUGUAUGAUCACUCUUAUGUCUGUGUAGUUCAGCAUAGAAAGGGUUCCAUGGCAGGGGUAUGGCAGGGAGUGGCGUAGGAGGAGCUCUGAUGACUGUUGCACAUGUUUUGCUAUGAGUCUUAUCAUCUUAUGGUUUGCUAUGCACCUAGACACUGGCUGUCUCACUCGCCAGUUGUGAACCUGUGGUUUUUCUGGGUCAUAGUCAGGUAGAGCCUUCACAGAAAGCUACUUCUUGAAUCUUUUUUUAAAAUAAAUUUCAUCUGCCUCUCUCCAUCCCUUCACUUGGCUAAAUGUCAGAAGUGUGAUGAGCAAAAAGACUGUGUGUAAUAUAUAAGGAACAGGGGAAUGGGAAAACCUUUCAGGCCAUCAGGAAGAGCAUUGAGUAAAUAGCCAUUACAUGGAUGACUUGAGAAAAUUAUAAAUGGUUUUUUCCAAAGUCAUCAUGACCGGAUUACAUAUUUUGAAGACCAAUUUAUUUAUAGAAAAAAGGGCAAAAUUUGAUCUUUAAUUUUACUCACCCAAUCCCUCCAAAAGUAAGCCCAAAUCAGUAGUACUUCUCCCUGUAGUCUUCUAAACUGGAACACUGAGAAUUACCUGUAGUGAGAAUUAGACUUGACCCUUAGUGUCCUUAGGUGAUAAGUUCCAGGACACCAUGAACACCAUGAACACCAUGCAUGAUUAUGUGCCCCGUCCUCCCUGUUCUGUGGCAUAGUGUUUUCAUAUAACCUACACUGAUCUUCCUGUGUGACUUAAAUCAUCUAUGUCUCACUUGGGGAUGUGACUUAAGAUUGUUAUUCUAUAGUCCUUAAGGAAUAAUGAAAAGGGCAAAAGGAUUAUAGGUGUUCAAUAUACAUACAACUACUUUGAAAAAACAUACUAUAAAUACUUGAUUGGUGGCACUUCAUAAACAUAAAACCUUGGGGAUAUGAAGGCUUCAAUCUUUGAUGGAAACUGCUUUUUUUCCCUCAAGGAAAUGGCAUAAUUUAGUGAAUGCUAGGCAGAGACACAGAGAAUAGACUCAGAAUUUUGACAUCAUUCUUAAGUCAUACUGUGGAGCUGAUAUGAAACGAUCUCAAAUGCUUGAUUUCUUGAAUGUCUUACAAUAGGGAAUGGAAGUCUAUGAUGUAGAGCAAGUUUUGUCUGUCUUGGCAGAUUGUAUGCUUUGUAGACACCUUUUCCCAAAAGCUAACCCCAUGGUCCCAUCUUUCCCCUUUGUAUCAGUUGUUCAUUUACUUUCGAGUUAGCCAUUGGGUUGUCAUUACUACUUUAUGACAUCUAAAGUCUUGAGUGUUCUAUUAUUUCAGAUGGCCUUUGUCCUUUCAGAGUCUGUGGUAUGUAAAGUCACUGUGCUUUGGUCUUUGAAUUCCUCUUUGGGGUUGAAACAGCAGAAUGCCCUUUUACAUGGGCAUUCACUGUCACUAGGCACUCUCUUGCAUUGCAACAGUCUCAUGUAUGGGGUGUAAGCAGCAUCAUUACCAUUGUUUACAGAGAGGAGACUGAGAAUGAGAAAAUGUAAGUAAGUUGUCCACAGUCCUAGAGGAAGUACGUAGCAGAAUUCUACACAGUGUAAAUAAUCUAUUAACCAUGAAUCCCAGGAAUGUCUCUGUUUAUCCUGUCAUCCAGGGGAAGACAGGGUUCAAUUACGUCGUCAAAGUGCACUUUGAAUUGUCUUUUGUACUGAAAGAUGUCAUAAUUUGUCAUUAUCUUCUAUUGGGCAUUAGUUUAUGACUAGUUUGUGGUAUGCUGACUGAUGAGUAUUGUUGGUGGCAUUAAAUAGGUUUUAUGGGCCAUUGACUUGAGUAAUAAGUCCUUCUUAGUCACAGACACAAAAAUACUGGCUUUGGAUGAUAUUUGUAGCGGAAUUUAGCCAUCAUUCUGCUCUUUGAUGUGGUUAGGUUGAAGUUCCAUCAACAAUGGCAUGAUGGAACACCCUCGAGAAGGCCCACUUCUGAGAUAUAAAAAGUUAAUAAGGGGCUGGGGAUUUAGCUCAGUGGUAGAGCGCUUACCUAGGAAGCGCAAGGCCCUGGGUUCGGUCCCCAGCUCCGAAAAAAAGAACCAAAAAAAAAAGUUAAUAAUAUAAUUAAUUGCUUAAGUUUAAAAGAAUUCAGCCUAUUUGCCUGCAUAUAUUCUUCUUGCCUCACCAAAGCGUUGGCAAUUCUGCUGGUUACAACACCCACACAUCCAGAGAGCAAGAGUGCAUUCCAACAUGCUUAUUAUUUUUCUCCGUGUGGUUUUCCAGAGCCCUUAUCAUUUGAGUUGAAUGAACCAGUUCUUCAGUCUGCUUCCCCCAUGCCCUUCCCAGGGAUGACAACUGCCCUUGGCAUCUUUUCAGACCUGGAUCUCUAUCAAUAUGAAAAUAGAUUAGCAUUCUUGGGGCAUAAUUAGGAAGUAACAUUAAGCUAUCAAAGGGCGAGAGAACCACUGACUUGUACAGAUAUGGAGGUAAUGUGUCUGCUGCUGGAAAUGUCUCCAGAUUUUUGACAACGGCUAAAGCACCAUGGGGUCCAACGGCCUCGGGAAAGCGGCGACACUAGAUGAACUUCUCAGCACAUGCAUUGAGAUGUUUGAUGACAAUGGAGAACUGAAUGACAGCUACUUGCCCAGAAUCAUGCUACUGAUGCAUCGAUGGUAUUUAUCCUCCACUGAACUGGCAGGAAAACUCCUAUGCAUAUAUCUUUUCAAUGGCUGUGUAAUGCUUUUAGUCACAAAUCAAGUUUUGUAUUUAGAUAGAGUGUCUGUCUAAAGCCAGUAGAUUAAGGUAAAGUCUUAUUUAUUUGUCCAACUGUUAUAUAGAUGUUAGAUGAAACAUCUGGAUGAUGGACCAAAUCAUUGGGUGUUUGUGCUUGAAGAUGUCAGUAAGAUGUGAAGAGGAAUAGGAGUCAUAGGCUGAAGAUUCCUAACUUGUCCUUAACAUUUUGAAUGGUAGUGUAGUAAAAGAAUAUUUAAUACACUGCCUCAGGACCUAGUAUUUCCCUUCUGUGACAACAACAAAGCUUAACUUACUUUUUAUAUGUCCUCUUGCUGGUAGGACACAGUGAAUGUUCUAGAACAGUGGUUCUCAACCAUCCUAACGCUGCUGUGACACUUUAAUGCAGUUUCUUGUGCUGUGGUGACCCCCAACCAUAAAAUUAUUUUCAUUGCUACUUCAUAACUGUAAUUUUGUUACCGAUAUACAGAAUAGCUGAUAUGUGACUUCCAAAGGGGUCUUAACUCACAGUUUUUUUCCUGUUGUUUUGUUUUGAUGUUUUACCCCUAAUUUGCUGAUUGCUGAUAAUUUUUGGUUUGAUUGACAAAAGCAAACAAACCAAAAAUCUGUACAAGGCUAAAAUUAAAUUUUCACAUAGUUGAAAAGUCUCAUUUUUGUAGUAAGAUAAGUUUCUUACUGAUUUUUGUUGAUAAUAUGGUCCUGAAAAUGAUUAAAAGGUGCAUGGAUGAUAAUGCAAGUGAUCUUACAGUAUCAGGAGAUUUAUUUCAUAAGAUCUGGGCAUGUUGUACAAUCCCUAAGUGUGUUCUUAUAUCUCUGCCCUGUACAUUCUCAGAUACCCUGUAUGGCCUAGAGCACAAGCAGGAAAGAGAGGAGCCUGAGACUUAGAAAGUCCGCCCAAACUUUCUUGCCUGCUGAGGCUGCAUAAGCUGAGCAGGAAUGAAGCCUGUCCUCUUCACCCGUCUUCUUUCCAUCUUCCUACAACUUCAAGUGAUAAGGGGAUGUUAGCGAGGGUAAGGAGACACUCAUCCUGAAUGGAGAGCCUUGGGAAUGAGCGGGAUCUCUGUGUCCAUUGGUCCCACUCCUGACAGGCAGAGUGUAGGCGGGGAGGAAGGAGUUAAGCACAAGAGCCAUACAUGGCCCAUUGAGUUCAUCUGCAAACAGCACUCUUAUUCUUAGAGAGCUUGUCAAUGACUUAAACACUAAUACAGAGGGGUUUUCUAGCAUGUUCAAGCACAGGGUGGGAAAUAUUAGAUCAUACGAAAGUUGAAGACUGCUGUUUUUCUCUUUGGAUUUGUUACCUACUCCUGGCCCAUUAAUCCUUGCUACAGUAGGAGUAUUUGUUAAUGGAGAACCAGUGAAUUAACUUAAGAACAAAUACAACCUUAAUAUUGACAUCUUGAACAUGACAUUUAAAAAUAGAAGUGAGAUGAAAGUACUUGUUAUAUACAAAACCAAUCCUAAAGACAAAUCUUUUUUAGGUAUAAUGGUGCUUCUGGGUACUAUCAAUUUGGAAUCAUGUAUAUUUGCCAGUAUGCGUGUACCACAGUUUGUGGUUCUUGGUUGGCAAGUACUCAGAAAGGUACGACUAGCUUGUAAGUGACUUCUCCACUGACCAAAAAUAUAUCCCAAAGCAUUAAGAAGCCAAGUUUGACUACUUUGUGUGGACAUGCUCAUAGCCCACUUCCAUGCCCAUCUGAUGAAAUCCAGGUUGAGUUCACGUCAUCCACAACUUUGAAACUGAAACAUUUCAUAUCUUGGAUUUUUAACAAAUUUCAUAAUAGUUGCACUUAUGCCAUAGGAUGUCAAUAAAAAUGGCAGUGAAGUCUAAAAAUACACUGUUUUGAAUGAAUGCAACUUUGACUACGGAAUCAUAUUUGUUCAGGAGUAGAGUUUCUUCCUUGUAGUAUUGUUGGCUCUCCAAAAGUUUCAGAGUUUGGGGCAUUUUACGUUUCAAGGUUUUGGAUUAGAAGUCCUCAGCCUGUAACUCAAAUAUUGCCUGGGAUUCAUGUAAAUUAUUAGAGCAGUGUAGGCUAGGCACAUGCAAAGAGAAGACGUAUAAACAUUGUCUUUAACUACCCUACGUAUCGGAAUGCCAGCGGAGAAAGUUGUGAUGAGUUCCGACUGAAGAUCUGCUAUUUCAUGAGGUACUGGAUUACAAAAUUUCCUGCAGAGUUUAAUUUGGAUCUUGGUUUGAUUCGCAUGACUGAGGAGUUCCGGGAAGUAGCUAGUCAACUAGGAUAUGAGAAACACAGCAACCUCAUGGACAUAUCCAGCAUUCCUUCCUAUGACUGGAUGAGGAGAGUCACGCAGAGGAAAAAAGUAUCAAAAAGGGGAAAGGCCUGUCUCUUAUUUGACCAUCUGGAGCCCAUUGAAUUGGCUGAGCACCUCACUUUUCUGGAGCAUAAAUCUUUUAGAAGGAUCUCGUUCACAGAUUAUCAGAGCUACGUCAUUCAUGGCUGCCUGGAGAAUAACCCGACAUUGGAGAGAUCUAUUGCCUUAUUUAAUGGAAUCUCUAAGUGGGUCCAAUUGAUGGUUCUUAGCAAACCAAGUGCUCAACAAAGGGCGGAAGUCAUCACAAAGUUCAUCAAUGUAGCACAGAAACUCCUUCAACUAAAAAAUUUUAACACCUUGAUGGCUGUGGUUGGUGGCCUUAGUCACAGCUCCAUUUCCCGACUCAAAGAUACCCAUUCUCACCUCUCUUCUGAAGUUACAAAGAACUGGAAUGAGAUGACAGAGUUGGUCUCCUCCAACGGCAAUUACUGCAAUUACCGCAAGGCCUUUGCUGACUGUGAUGGCUUCAAAAUCCCCAUCCUUGGCGUGCACUUGAAAGACUUGAUAGCAGUCCAUGUCAUUUUCCCAGACUGGAUGGAAGAGAACAAAGUGAACGUUGUGAAAAUGCACCAGCUUUCUGUUACCCUGAGUGAACUGGUCUCCCUGCAGAAUGCCUCUCACCACUUGGAGCCUAACAUGGAUUUGAUCAACCUCCUCACUCUCUCUCUGGACCUCUACCACACAGAAGACGAUAUUUAUAAACUAUCACUGGUGCUGGAGCCUAGGAAUUCCAAAUCACAGCCAACUUCCCCCACAACACCUAAUAAGCCUGUGGUACCCCUGGAGUGGGCUUCAGAAGUGGUACCAAAGCCAGACCCCACAAUCAUCAACAAACACAUAAGGAAGUUGGUUGAGUCUGUGUUUCGAAACUAUGACCAUGACCAUGAUGGAUACAUCUCUCAAGAGGACUUUGAGAGCAUAGCGGCCAAUUUUCCCUUCCUGGAUUCCUUCUGUGUGCUAGACAAAGACCAGGACGGCUUAAUUAGCAAAGACGAAAUGAUGGCUUAUUUCCUGAGAGCCAAAUCUCAGCUACACUGCAAGAUGGGACCAGGCUUUAUCCAUAAUUUUCAGGAAAUGAACUAUCUCAAGCCCACUUUCUGCGAACACUGUGCGGGAUUUCUCUGGGGCAUAAUCAAACAAGGCUACAAAUGCAAAGACUGUGGAGCCAACUGUCACAAACAGUGCAAAGACCUCUUGGUUCUGGCCUGUAGGAGACUUGCCAGGGCACCCUCCUUGAGCAGCAACCCUGAGUCACUGCCUGGAAGCCCAGCCUUGCCCCCAGUGCAGGAUGAGGUGUUUGAGUUUCCUGGCGUCACUGCUAGACACCGAGACCUGGACAGCAGAGACAUCACGCUGGUUACAGGAUCUUCCCGUAAGAUCUCCGUGAGAGUGCAGAGAGCCACCACUAGUCAAGCCACGCAAACCGAACCUGUGUGGUCAGAGGCUGUCUGGGGAGACUCUGGGUCCCAUACCUUCCCCAAAAUGAAAUCCAAGCUCCAUGACAAAGCAGCAAAGGACAAAGGCUUUGCCAAGUGGGAAAAUGAAAAGCCCACGCUACACGCUGGUGUGGAUGUUGUAGAUCGAGGCACUGCAUUCGAACCUGACCAGGACGAUGAGCAAGAUGAAGCCCAACAGGGUGUCGAGGAUGGCUGAGGUCAAGCUGGGGAAACCGAAGGCAAUCAAGUCGGCUUUGGAAGGAGAGAGAAGAGCUCUGAAAGGCACUGUCCUCUCAGAACAGUCUGGAAAAGAGAUUUGAAUAUGCUCAUGGCCUCCAGUCAUCCUGGGAGCCCCAUGACUGGACUACGGGAUAGAGAAUUUACCCUGACUCUGAACUAUUUAUUUCCUGUACUCUGCCCCUACUCAGGUGCCACGAAACCUAGUUACAUAGUCAGCAGCUUCUCGCGUCUCUCUAAAGCCAUUUGUACCCAGGGGAAUGAAAGCUUUGGUGCAUGUGCAUGAUAGCCCUUCUCUAAAAUCAAGACUUAGCUCCUUUGGACAAUAUUAUUUUUAUAAAGUGUGUGCAUGUGUGUAGGGUUGUCUCAUAAGUUGAGUUUGAGCUCCUUUUGUGUGUCUUUUAGAUGGGACUGGGGCCUGAAGUUUUACUGAGGGACAAAGACAUUCUUUAGACCCUGGAAGGCAGUGAGCCCUUGGCUGAUGAUUCUCUGUAAGGAAUGUUUGUAGUGUCCUACCACACAGUGGCUGUGCUGGGCAAUGUCAUGCCGUGUGUGUGUGUGUGUGUGUGUGUGUGUGUGUGUGUGUGUGUGUGUGCGUGUCACCUAGGUCUUACCAAUCCUGGAUUGCUAAGGGGAAUCAUAUCCCCAAAGAUCCCUUAAUACUCAUGCUAGAUAUGGUAAAAAAAAAAUGCAUAUACCUGACUACCUAAUUGGAUUCCCCACUCUUUCUGAAAAUUCUCAAAAUAAAAUGUUAAUUAAGAAAUCAAAUUCCAAGGGAGAAAAUUUAGUAGAAAAACCCACUGAAUCACUAGGUUAAAAAAACAACAAACAGGGGCUGGGGAUUUAGCUCAGUGGUAGAGCGCUUACCUAGGAAGCGCAAGGCCCUGGGUUCGGUCCCCAGCUCCGAAAAAAAAGAACCAAAAAAAAAAAAAAAACAACAAACAAACAAACAAACAAACAAAACCAACUAGUUUGGAAGCUGAAAGUAAUCCUGUGGUUUUUAUUUUAGAUAAUUUUUGGAUGGAAAGGGUAACUUAAUUUUCUCCUAAGAAAUUCUCAUCCACAGUUAAGAAAUAUUCACAAAAAGGAAAAUCACCAUAAACCUCAACUAUGGAUUGAUAUUCCAUUUAGACCUUUAAAAUAUUAAUAAUUUAAAUGUCUUUCUUUGGGUGUGUAUCUUAUGCAAUAGAUUCAAGAUGCUCAGAAAUAGAGACACUGCCAGGCUGGUGUUUAAAUACCUAUAAUCUCUGGACUUGGGAUGUGAGGUAGGAAGACCCCAAGUCUCAAGUCAACAUGGGGAACUUAGCAAGAAUCUAAGAAAAAAUGUAGGGGCUGGAGAGAUGGCUCAGAGGUUAAGACCACUGUCUGCCUUUCCAGAGGUCCUGAGUUCAAUCCCCAGGAACCACACAGUGGCUCAGAACCAUCUGCAAUGAGAUCCUAUGUCCUCUACUGGUGAGUCUGAAAACAGCCGUAGUGCACUCAAGAAAAGUUGAGGUGAUUGAGUUUGUCUGUCAUUGAGGGCACCAUCUCAUAUCAAAUGACCGGUUAGGAAAUAUUCCACAGAGGUACCAGGUCCACAUUUGAGGGCUAACUUGUAUAUCCCAUGUAAAACAGAUUGUGGUGUUAUUUGCGGACGUCACUUCCAUAUAGCUCAACUGAUAAUUGUGCUCUGGCCCUUAGAAACUGAGAGGAGGACAAAACUGCUAAGGGUCUCAAGACAACCUUGGUAGAGCUGACAUGAUGUGCCCGACAGUCCUGGAGUGGGGCAUGAUUCAGAUUGGGGAUACUGAAGACUAAGCGAAGUUCUCAAUUGAAGGAGCUGUGAUUAAUCUAGAUGAGAGCUCACUUCAGUGUCGAGCGCCUUGGGCAGUGCUGUUGGAUCUAUGUAUAUAGACUGUCUGUUACUAUUCAUAAAUACAGCAGAGUACAUGUUAAUGAAUUCAAACCAGAAACUGACAAGUCGAGUACAGGCAAACUCUCUAAAAACAUCCAGAAAGAAACCUAUUAAGGAAUGUUGGUGGUUUUGUAUUUCUUUUCAAAGGAGUUAUCUCACCUGCCAUUUGGUUUAGAAAUUUAUGAGUUUUCAUAUAUACAAGGAAUUUUGUAUCUUUGGUCUUCCUGUGAUAUGGAAAAAAAUGUACCUUCGAUGAAAAAAUAAAUGAACAAACAGAAAUACAA